AUGUCUCGUCCAACACACUCCCAUGCCGAUGCAGAUGGGCAUUUCCGACGCAAAGCUAGCUCGUUCCGCAACUUCAUCUCCAAAGAACCUGGAGCGCAGUAUCCUCCAGAGAAAGGCCGGUAUGCUUUGUAUAUGAACUAUGGAUGUCCAUGGGCGCAUCGUGCAUCUGCUGUCCGGGCCUUGAAAGGUUUGGAGGAUGUGAUUCAGAUGAUUCCGACGGACUUCGAUCUGACUGAAAAUGGAUGGACAUUCACCGGCAAGCAUGGGAGUGAGGAGAAGGAUCCGUUGUAUGGUUUCACCGGGUUGAAGCAGUUGUAUUUGAAGGUUGAACCUGAGUAUGAGGGGAGAUAUACGGUUCCUUGUCUAUUUGAUAAGAAGACUGAGACGAUUGUGAAUAAUGAAUCUAGUGAGAUCAUCAGGAUGUUCUACACGGAAUUCGACGAUCUCAUCGCAGAGGAGCUGAGAGAGUCGAGCAAAGGUGAUCAAGGUCUCUUUCCAGAACAUUUGAGGAAGGACAUCGAAGAGAUGAAUGAAUGGGUAUACAACACAAUCAACAACGGCGUCUACAAAUGCGGAUUCGCCACCACGCAAGCCGCUUACGACGCCAACAUCUAUCCCCUCUUCGAAUCCCUCGACCGACUCGAAGCGCAUCUCACAAGCAAAGGCACUCCUUUUCUCUUUGGCGACUUCAUCACAGAAGCUGAUAUUCGACUCUUCACAACUCUCAUCCGCUUCGACACAGCGUAUCACACCAUCUUCCAGACAAAUCUCAAAUCUCUCAGACAUGACUAUCCGAAGCUGAAUCUUUGGUUGAAGAGGAUUUAUUGGGAUGAGGGUAAGCUGACAAAUGGCGGAGCUUUCAAGAAGACGACGGAUUUUCAGGCGUAUAAGGAGGGGCGGGAGGAGAAGGGAAAGGAGAGGAAGUGA